AUGGACCUCACCACAGAUUCAGGCGUCAAGCAAUACCUCCGAUCCAAUCUCUACCCCUCAUGCCACCAUGUCGAACGGCUCCCUGAAGGCUUCGGCGGCUUCGUCUUUCGAGCUCACAUUGAGGGUGACGGAGCAGGCCCAUCAACCAUGAUCUUCAAACAUGUAGAACCUUAUGCUGCGAGAUCGCCACAGUGGAAACUUGAGCAAGUGAGGCUGGAAUACGAAGCCAAAGCCCUCAAACUACUCACCCAGCCAGAAAUGAAACACGAAGGCGUCCGACCUCCCAACGUCAUAUUCUUCGACAAGACAAAUUGGGUACUCAUCCUCGAAGACGCCGGCAGCGUGCCCAGUCUCAAAGGCUGGCUGAAACUAGGCGUGGACGUUGGCCGAGCAGCAUCGAAAGGAAAAGCACUCGGCAGAUAUCUCGCCAACAUCCAUAACAACACCGCAGGCAACGAGAGUAUUCUAUCGGACUUCACCGGCAACGAAACAGCGAAGUCCCUCUCCAGCACCCUCUAUUUCAAACGCCUCCCCCAAGUCGCCGAAUCGCAUGGCUUCUCGGGCGAACACAUCCGCCAAGCAGCAGUGCAAGGGGAGAAAGAUGUCCUCGAAGCAAACGAGGUACUAACCCUCGGAGAUUUCUGGACGGGAAACGUUCUCGUCGGCGAAGAUGGGACGCUUUUCGUUCUGGAUCUAGAGCUUUCGAAACCCGGCACGGCGGAGUUUGAUGUUGGACAGAUGGCGGCUGAGUUGUAUUGUAUCGCGGCUUUCCGGGAUCAUGAGCUGGGGAUGGCGAUCUUGGACGCUUUCUUUAAGAGCUAUCGGUUAGCUAGGGAUGUAGUCGUUGAUACUGCGAAGGUGGCGAUUCGGAUAGGUGCUCAUUUGAUGGUUAUUAUGCCGAAUGCGUGGAAGGCUGAGGCGUCGAAGGAGCAGGUGGAUGAGCAGUUGAGGGUAGGGGAUGAGCUCAUUAGGCUGGGCGUCAGUGGGGACAGUGAAGGGUUGAUGAAUACCAUUCUGAAGCCACUUAUUAGCUAA